UCCACACCUUGUUCUCAAGCUGUGCCUCUCUCUCUCUCUCUCUCUCUUUCUCUCUCUCUCUCUCCCCGUUGCUGCAUCGAUACAUCCGCCAUGAAUUUUAUCUUGGAGCUCCUGCUUCUCAUUUCCACUGCCCUCAAUUACCUUGCUACCCUUAUCUCCCCUCGUCAUGAUCUUCAUGAUCGUCAUGAGGACCUUACUUUCAUCAUUCGCCAGGACUACAGGCCACCCAACCAAGUCUACGACGCCGCCGAGCGCUACCUCCCAACCAUUAACUUAAUCAAUCCCUCCACCCGAACCAUCCAAGUGAGCAAAACGCAGCGGCAAGAGACCGUCAAGCUUGCCAUGGAAAGCGGUGAGCAAGUCCCCGACACCUUUGAGGACAUUAACCUCAACUGGCGUUACGUGGUCGAAACAUUCCGUGACGGCAGCGUAGAACAUCGCUUUGAGCUAACGUUCCAAAAGAAACACAAAGAAAAAGUCAUGAGCUCCUACUUACCCUAUGUGGUUGGUCGGGCCGAAGCCAUUAAAAAAGAGGAAAAGAUUCUCAAACUUUCUAACCUUACCAACUCAUCAGUGGAUUUGGAGCACCCAGCUACGUUCGAGACGAUCGCCAUGGAGCCCGACCUGAAGAUAAAGAUUAUGAAGGACUUGGACAGGUUUGUGGCCAGGAGGGAGUUUUAUAAGAAGGUGGGCAAGGCUUGGAAAAGAGGCUACUUGUUGUAUGGCCCUCCUGGUACUGGAAAAUCCAGCCUGAUUGCGGCCAUGGCUAAUCAUCUCAAGUUUGAUGUGUUUGAUUUGGAGCUUGCUAGUAUUCGCAGCGACUCUCAUUUGAAGAGCGUGGUUCUGUCCACUACAAAUCGUUCCAUUUUGGUGAUUGAGGAUAUUGAUUGCUCCGUCCAUAGUAAAGAUAACCGGUUCACACUCUCAGGCCUACUAAACUUCAUGGAUGGUCUUUGGUCAAGUUGUGGUGAUGAGAGAGUUAUUGUGUUCACCACAAACCACAAGGAUCGUCUCGACCCUGUAUUGCUGCGUCCUGGUCGAAUGGACGUCCACAUUCACAUGUCUUAUUGCACACCGAGUGCGUUUAGGAUUUUGGCCUCCAACUACCUUGGAAUUCAAGACUUCGACAGCCAUCGGCUUAAGGGAGAAAUCGUAGGGUUGCUAGAGAGCACAAAGGUCACCCCUGCUGACAUUUGUGAAGAUUUCUUGAAGGAAAAUGACGAUGAUGUUGAUGUUGAUGAUGAUGAUGUUGAUGCUGCUCUUGAAAGAGUUGUCAAGUUUCUCAAACUUAGGAAGCUUGAAGGGGCUAAUAAUGUUGAUGAGACAGAAACUCAAGAAGAAGAAAAAGCAGGAAAUGGACCUGAAAGUGAAUGAUGAAGGUGAUAACUCAUCCAUCUAAUAUGAGCUAUAGCGAGCCCCUUUUAGAUGGUUUUGGGUUCAAGUACUUUUGUUGGAAAAAUAAAUAUGGAUGUUAGAUUCCUAGGUUUUGUUUUGGUGUCACAUGUCCCUUUUCUAUUGGGUCCAUGCUUGGUGUUGUCCUAUUAUCCUAUCUGAUUAUGAUGUAAUCACUUUGGUUAUAUCGAUAAAUAAAGUAAUGGUGUGGUUAACCCUUUUUCGUUU